AAAUUGGAAACAACUUUUGUCUAAAAGAAAACAAUUGGGGUUUUCAAAAAAUUCUCUCAUAUCGAGAUGUAUUGAAUCGGGAAAAGGGUUUCAUUAAAAAUAAUAAGAUUAUUGUGGAAGCGAUGAUCACCGCCGAAGAGCCCAUCGGUGUGUUUCUGCCAUCAAAUGUGGAGAAUUUUAUUCAAAGCAAAGACGUGAAGUCUUAUCCAGAAUUGGCUUAUUUUAUGAACGAAUCCGAGAGUAAUGUUGUGUUCAAAGUGGAGGGCAAAGCCAUUCCGGCCGUCAAAGAGUUGUUGUCCUUUAAAAGCGAUUAUUUUCGGUCAAUGUUUUCGGGAAAUUAUACCGAAAGCAGUGAUAAAGAGAUUGAAAUUCCGGACACGACUUGCAAUGCCUUUAAAGUCAUUCUUUGGUAUUUGUAUUCACAAGAAUUGGUCAUUGAUUUGACUGAAGAGACGUGUUUUGAGUUCAUGUACUCAGUCUAUAGACUCGCCGAUAGGUUUCAAAUCAAACGACUUCUCGAUUACUAUGAAAACCAAUUGAAAGCAAACAUUACUGAAGAGAAUCUCGAAUUUGUCGCAAGAAUUGGAUUCGAGUAUAAAAUCAAUUCUUUGAUGACUUGUGUGAAGGCAUUUAUUAAUAAAACAUUUGAUAAACUGAUUCUCAAAGACAGCGAUUAUCUGAAGAAAAUGAAUGCCUUUACGAAUGACUAUUUGUUGGACAAAAUGAUACCAAAAGUGCGCAAAAGGGCCCGAAUUGAUGAGUCUUCGGAAUCUUCU